AUGAAUAAUCUUCGAUAUGGGUAAAUUGUAAGAAUUCAGGGGGAUUUUGGGAUGAUAGUAACGAAAGGAUACACCCAGACUAAUGUUUAUUAUAUGACUUACACAAAUUUGUCCAAGAUAAGCAAUUUUAGGGAGUCUUUAUUUUAAGUGCUUCCCAAGGGGAGUUUUGAAAUUCAUGAUGAGUUCAUGAAGUCUCACAAAAAAGCAAAUCAGGAUCUCCUGGAUUAACGAUUGAAAACAGAGUUGAAUCAAUAUUUCUCCUUUGUGGAAACCAAAAUUGAUGAAGAGGUUCUGUUUGGUUAGGAAAUAGUAUUGAAACAUUAUGACUCUGAAUACUUUUUAGUCGGAUCUUACAAAUGUUCGGAAUAGUCAAUGGAAGCAUUUCAAGUCAGUCUGAGCAGUAAACCCUCCAGUUAGGCAUUAUUUAGAAUAGAAGCAUAUCAAACAUAUCAGAAGGAUGGUUAACCAAUAUAUUUUGAUGAACCCUUCUUAUUGGUGAAUACCAAGCAACAAUUUUGUUUGGAUUUUAUCGAAAAACCCAUAUAAUGGUUGGAUGAUGAAAGUUGUUUGGCUUAUAUUAAGAGAUUGUAGGAUGUGCAAAGAUAUUAGGUGAUCAUCACCAAUAACAGUAAGACUAGUUGGAAAAUGAAGUUAUUUAUGCGGAAUGAUCAGAGGAUCGAAAAGAAAUCUAUAAGGAAUUAUGAAUUAAUCUAUCUAUAAUACACUGAAGAUGGCACGUAUUUGAAUGGAGAAUAAUAGAUUGUCUCAUUGUAACAAGCCGGGACACACAUUCCAUUGGCAGCCAUUUGGGAAUUGUAAGUGAUAUAACCAACCUCUGAUUAUAAGCGCAAUCAAUAACCACAGCUUAUUAAAGAAUACUCAAGAGGCUCAGUUUUCUAAAACAGCGGCGAUAUUUUGAAGGAUUUUUCAAGAGUGGCACCAAGAUAGAGAAGUGUUGUUGAUUAAUAAUAACAAGCAUAAUCAUAAGUCAACAAGAAAAUCCCAUAGUAAGAAUUCAUUCUUCGGAACUACAUCUCAGGUAAGGUGCUCACAUCUAGGGAUUAAUUGCCUUAAUUGCAUGAAUACAUAUAGGAAUCCAACUAAGUGGUGGAAAUCUUGGCUGCGAAAUAAGGCUAGUAGGAAAUCGUAGAGAAUUCCUAUAUACAAAUGUCAAUAGAUAAGGAAUUAUUAUAAAAUGUUCAAAUUGAGGACUAAUGGAAUGAUAGCAUCAAAGAAGAUGAGGAAUUGGAGACAACUGUGAUAAAGAAACAAUUGGCUUUUGAGGAAAAAGAACAUUAACAUGCUUUUUAAAUCAAAAAGGUCAAAGGAAACAUUAAAAAUAACUUAAUGUUUGUUUUGUCAGCUUAAGAGGUGCUCUUUUAAUUUGUUUUGAUUUUGAAUAAACAAGUUGAUGUUAUUUGGAAAUUGCUUCAUGUUUAAUAAUUGUCUCAAGUAGUCGAAGUGAUAUAACAAUUGAUUCAAUUCUUGCAGUUUGAGGUUGCCAACCGACAAUAAUGCAUAAAAGAAACGUAUAUCAUUGAUUUGGCUAUGAAAAUCUUAGUGCCCAUAUAUGAGAAGAAGUUGUAUGGUAUUGAUGUUAAGAAUUUAUAAAAAAAGAUGAAAAAAAUAUUCAAAUUAACCUACCAAUUGAUCAAGGAGUUAACAUAGAAUAACAAAUAAUUGAAGUAAGAUAUGGGAAAGUAUUUGAAAGACUUUUUAGAAUAGGCUAUGGAUGAUGAAGCAAGAGCCUAGGAUAGUUUGAAAGAAUUAUUAGAAGAUAAUUAUGAAUCUAUUUAAAGGUUUGUCACAGAUGAUCACAUUCAGAAAGUAUUUGAAAAAAUGAAAUAAAAUCCUAAUGAAAAAUAUUUAUCCAUUUUGAGUAGUAUUUGUGUUUGCAAAGGAAGAGCUAUAUUAAAAAAUCAAAAUUUAAUUUUAAAGUUGGUAUUCCAAAGUAAUGAGUUAUUGAAUUUCAAAUUUAGAUUGAAUACCAAAAACAAAGUUGAAGUGCUUUGCAGAAUCAACAAAUUAAAACCUAUGUGGAGAAGAAUACGUUAGAUAUAUUAAGAAAGUCAAGAAUAGGAUGGGUUAUAGACAUGGAAUUACUUUUAAGGCUAUUUCAAUCUAUUAGGAGAUGUGUGUUAUAACAGAAAUAAAUUAUCAUAGGAUUUUGUUAAAGAAAAUAUAUCAAUUUCUAUUUUAUUGGCCUUGGUUGAAGAUAAUCAUUCUCAAUCUAUAAAUACAUUUGAAUCAUAUUUAAAGGUCAUUCAUUUGGCCUUUGUAGACACUCCUGGAUAUCAAUCCCUUGUGAUUAGCAAAGUCAUAGAUUGGGAAGAGAAUGAAUUAAUUUAAAUAGAGAAAAGGACAUCCAUGAGAAAAGUUAGUAGUUUUGGAGGAUAAAACAAUCAGUUGGCCUAAUAAAAUGUGAGUGAUCUCAACAACAUCAUAAAGUACGUCUAAUAAUUUAUCACUAAAUUUACACAUUUUACUUAUGAUCAGAAAUACAAUUAGACUCUGUAAAGAGUAUUAAUGAUAAUAAAAACAUUAUUGACUAUGAAUUUAGAAAUAGAUACUAUGCAAUUAUUAUAAGAUUUGUUGAGAAUAUGCUCUUGCCAAAAAGAUUUCUAAAGCUUAGAGGAUUAAAAGGGAGAGGAGAAUAUCAAAAAAGCAAAAUAUAGAAUGACUAAAGUAUCUUCAGAGAAUAAACCAAUAAUGGAAUGUAAGAUGCUAGCAUCUAAUAUCAUCUUAAAUAUUCUGGAUUUAGAAAAUGACAUUAGGAUCAAUUAAAUGGUAGCAUAUUUCAGAAAUAAGAGAGAGAGUGAUGAUACAAACGAGUCAGUAAACAACACACUUCCUAAAAAGGGAUUAAUCAGUGGAAUGGUAGAUCUUGUGCAUAGAUUUUCACAUAAGCCUCCUGAAGAACAAUAAUAAUUAUUAGACAACAAUAGUUCAGUCUUUAAAGACUUUGCUAAAAGUUUGAGUGGUUCUAAAGACAAAACUGAGUAAGAUUCCUAUAACAUUCCUUAAUGGAUAUAAGUCAUUAAAGAUUUAUUAGAUAAUAGAAAUUUAUUCAAAAAUUUCGAUAAUAAUGUGAUUUUGGUAUUUGCUGAAAUAUCCUUGAUGCAGGAACCAAAGAUGGUCGAGACAGCUUUAUAAUUAUUUAAUAGGAUGCUUGGUCAGAGAAGAGAAUUAAUCAAACACUUCUCUUAAAUUGUAUUGCUCUCUAAAAAUUGUCAAAAGAAUGUCAAAGAAUUGAUUAGCAAAUGCAUUCAAAUCAGAUAACGAUUAGAACAGUUGAGUGAUAAGAAUGUUUACACUAUAACAAAAGAGAACUAAAGUACUUCUAACAUUUAAGUGGAUGAGAUUAUUGAGGAUCUUAAUAAAUUGUGUGUUUCAUUGAAAUUGCAUAGAUUUCCAAGUUAAGUAGUUUAAAUUUCUUUGGCUUUUAACGAGUGUGAAGAAAAUGAUAAAACAAAUUAAACUCUAUUUAAAGCAUUGGAUAUGCAUCAAACAUUAGUAGCUUACAUUUCUGGAGCAGAUGAAAUAAAUCCAUAUUUGUAUGGGCUAUUGAAUUCUUGUUACAAAUUCUUGACUCUUUUUAUUUGGAAUCAUGCAACCAAUAAGAUUGAAAUAAAAUGGCCAUUAAAAUAAAUCUAUUGUCAUUUACAAUACAAUUCUUGUUGCAUUGAUUUUGUAAGAGAACUCUACCAUAACAAUAAAGAAUUGCUAUACAAUGAAAAUGAAGUAUCUGUGGCUAUUGGAUCUAUCAUUCAAUAAAUGAAUAAGGAAAAGCCAGAUAGUAUGUACAGGGUCAAGCUGUUUGAUUCACUGAGAGUUUUCUUGUAUGAUCAUAAUAAGACAAUCAAAUUUAAUCAAUUAUAGAUUCUAGCUCUGUUGCAGCAGAAAUAAAACAGGAAUUUAAUUUAUGUUCUCAAUGAAUUGCAGUCUGAUUUUUUAAUUGAUUCUGUAAAUAAACCAGAGACGCCUUUGCAAAAGUCGAAAGCUUGGGAUGCUGAGAGUUUUAAUGAAUUAAUUGACGAUUACAGUGCUAAUUAUGAGAAGAUAGAGGAGACAAAGCUAAUCCGUAUGCAACCACAACUAUAAUACAUGAUUAUUCAUUUUGAAAUAUUCAGUUUAUUAGUUGAAGAUCAUAAUGUCAUUAAUCAGGAGAAAUGUCGAGUCAUGCACCCUUUUCAAUCCUUGUUGUUUUUGAUGAAAAAUUCGUAUAAAAGUAAUUGCUGGCCAUUAUAGCACUUUUUACGAAGCUACAUCAAUCGUCUUUAUUAUAAUAGUCAGAUGGAAUUGAUCAGUUAGCUUUGCAUCUAGGAGGAUUUAGAGAUAAUUCGACAUUAAUUAGAUUAAAUACUAUUGUUGAAAGGGUGCAAUUACAUAAAGCAAGUAUAGAUCGUUGAUGGUGUUAGGUUUUAAUUUAUGUUCUCCUACAUCUUUGCAUGUAUGCAGGAGAUAUUAUACUCCAUCAACUUGUUGUUUUUAAAUGAUAAUUUCUUAUCGGAAUUGGAAGGUCAAUUAAGUAAAGAGAUCGAUAAUCUUAAGAUCCAUUAAUUGUUGUUCAAGAUUGCAGGCCAUUUGGUUCAGAUUUAGAAGAUGUGGUUUAAAUCAAGUCAUAUAACUCAUCUGUGUUAAGUGCUGAUAAACAUAAUGAAAAUAGUGUUUAGAACCUUUGAUAAUAGUGUGUUGUUGAGAUUAGAAAAGGUAUUCAAUGAAAAUGCAAUUGAAUCACAAACUACACUAAAAUAAGAAGAGAAAUAGGAUACCGAAUAAAAUGAAUAGAAUGAACAGGAUGGCAUAAUAAAUAGAUUAUUAAUUGUAACUGAGACUAAAUUGACAUAAGAUGAAAAGAUUCAAUCAAAUCUUUAACAAACACUAAAGAGGAUCUUCCAUUUGAAAUCCAAAAAAAGACUUUCAGUAAUAGAAGAACCUGACAACAAUGUAGAAUUGAACAUUAGGUUGAUGAAGUUAAUUAAAAUAUUCAAUGAGAAUGAGGAGUUUUAAGGAUUCAUUGAAUAAGAGUUUAAUAAACUUUGCAGUGAAUUCACAAAAAUCGAUGAGUUUUCUUUGGUUGCCUAUUAAACUUAAGAUCCAGCAAUAACUUUGGAAGAAUUCUUAAAGAACUUAAUCUAGAUGAAUAUCACCCAUAAAUUGAAUGAUGAUUUAAGAAGCUACUUUUUGAAAAUAUUAACUAGAAUGAUAAGCGAAAAGAAUCCCAAUAUCAACAGCCAAGAUGAAUAAGCCAAGUUGGCAAUAGAUGAAUGGGAACCUGAAUUUUGGAGCGAUUCCAGAUAAUAGAUUCAAGAAAUACAAUGCUUUUUGGCUGGAUGUGGAGCAGCUCAAUUGAUUUAUGAAAUGUUCAAGGAAAAUUUUGAUGAUAGAUGGGAAUUAUUCAAUUAGUUAUUAAUAUUUUCAAAUGCAUUUCUAUUAGGAGGCAAUUCCAAGUGCUAAGACUCUUUGCUUCAAUUAUUGAAAUAAGAUUCAUCGAAUUAGAUGAUGAGCAAUCUGCAAUAAUCUAUUCUUAAGUUUAGCAAAUUUGUUAAUACUAAUUUCAAGAUUUAGAAGUCUAAAUUUUAGAAAGAUAAAUAAAACCCAUUUCUUUCUAUUGUUUAUGUGGAUAAUCUAACAUAGUUUAGUGAAAAGACUGAAACUCUGAAACGAACACUACCAUCAGCCGUUGAAAGUUAAAACACUAUAAAGAAUAGAUAAUUAUCAAUUAAAGUGAUGUGGAGAGCAUUUAGAAUGUUGUAAUUGAUGUGUGAGAACAACAAUGUUCAUAUGAAAAACUAUCUAAGAGAAUAAACUGAUAAGGAAGAUUCAGUCCAUAUCAAUAGUAUUAACUUUAUAGAGUUUGCUACUAAAGAAUUAAGAAUAUUAUUGAAGAUACUGAAUAAGAACGUAGUAUCAAUAACUUAGCAAAUAGUGGAUUUUAUAAAUGAAGUCAUUCAAUUGCCUUGCUUUUUAAAUUAAGUCACAUUAUGUAAGUCGACAUAUAUGGAAGAUGUAUGUUUUACGUUUGAAACAUUUUAAAAAGAGGAAAGCCAAUCAAUUCAAAGGGAACUCCACACUCCAGAAGAACAGGAUGAGUUAUUUGAACUGUAAGCAAAGAUUAUUCAAUCAAUUAUGUUGGUGUUAGAAGGGAAUAAUCAAAAAAACUAUGAGGAAUUAUAAUAGAAACUGGACUGUAGAUUUUUGGUUAAUUUCAUAAAAUUAAUUGUUUAGAAGGUUGGCAUUGAGAAAAUAUUUGAUUUUAAGAAGGAAGCUAGAUUCUCUGAUGAGAUACAAUAAAUGUUGAAUGUGUUCAUAAUUAAGGAGAAAAUAGAGUAUGUCAGUAAGGAUUAAAAGUGGGUGAAGCAUUUUAAGUAGGAAUUUGAGAGUAAUCCAACUUUAAAAGAUAUUUAGACUAUGUGUUUGAAUAACUUAAGGAAAAUUGAAAUUUUCUAUGAGAAUGAAUAUCAAAUGGUAUUCUUCCCUGCUCAUCCAGUUUUUCAAUUUUUAAGCGAUGAAACCAGAGAUAAAAUAAUGUUCAAAAUACCAAGAGACACACAGAGAAAAAAAUUGAUAUCUUUACUUGAGGAAAUGGAGAUGAUUUUCAGUGAAAUCAGUUAUAAUUUUAGUUUAUAGAAUUGGAUUUUACCAAUAACACAUAAAACAAUUCAACUCUUAAUAAAUAUUUCAUAAUUAUUGUCAUUAAUCAUUAACAUUUUUAUGAUAUUUGCAUAUGCAGUUAUGAUAAAAGAUAAGCAAUCAACACUAGUAACAGAUGACUAUGAAGAAGUAACAUUAUUUAUUUUAUCCAUACUGUAAUUUGGCUUCAGUUUAUGUGCAUGUACAUUUUAUGUAAUAAGCAGGGCUUCAUUGGAAUUCAAGAAACUCAAAUAAGAGUAAUUCUCUUUGACUAAGAUUCACACCUAUGUAAUAUCUAAGAUAUCUAAUUUAAUAAUUGUGUUCAAAAGUGAAGAUUUUAUGUCUCACAUAUCAUUUACUGCAAUUGCAUUUAUUGGAUUAAUUUCAAAUACGUAUUAUUUUUCAUUGCAUUUAUUCUAUUUAUUUGGAUAAUUAUCAUUAUUGCAAAGCGUAUUUUAAGCAAUAUCCCACAAUGCAAAAUAGCUAUCUUUAGUAGCUUUGUUAGGAGUGUUGUUCUAAUUUGUAUUCAGUAUAGUGGGAUUCAAUAAUUAUGUGGAUGACAUAUAUCCUGAAUAAGUGGAUGACCCUUGUCACAGUCUAAUAAGUUGUAUGAUCACUUUGAUGACUUCGGGAGUGAUUGGUAGUUCAAUGGCACAAUGGGAUCCCUUGAAAUUCAUCUAUGAUACAGUUUACUUCGUGUUCUUUGCACUAUUAUUUACCAAUAUCAUCUCAGGUAUAAUGACUGAUACUUUUGCAUAAUUGAGAGAUCAAAGAAACCAAAUCGAGGAUGAUAAAAAGAACAAAUGUUUUAUUUGUGGUAUUGAUAGGCAAACACUUGAAAAACAACAAGAAGACUUUGAAGAGCACAUAAAGAGCAAGCAUUUCUUAUGGAAUUAUGUUUUCUAUAUUUAUUGUCUGUAAAAUAAGGAUUCAACGGAAUACACUGGACUAGAGUAUUGGAUCAUGGAUAAGGUGCAAUCUGAAAGUGUGAAUUGGUUUCCAAUUAGAUCUGAAGAUGAAGAUGAUCGUACUAAAUAGAUUGAAUUAUUAUAACAAAAGAUAGAGGAUCUUGCAUAGUAAUUAAAGACAUAGUUGUUACAAUAAUAGAUUGAAGAAUGA